GUCAUGACGUCAUGUAAGGUCCUUCACCUGCUAGGUUCUAUCAUCUACGAUUCUACAUGAAGCACACGUGUGGUUGGAGUCUUGCCGGUUGCAGUCCUGGUCAGCUUCCACCAUGUUUGUCCUGGUAGAGAUGGUGGACACUGUGCGGACGACUCCAUGGCAAUUUGAACGCAAAUUAAAUGACUCAAUUGCUGAAGAACUAAACAAGAAAUUGGCCAAUAAGGUGGUGUACAACGUGGGCCUCUGCAUUUGCCUGUAUGACAUCACAAAGCUGGAGGACUCCUACAUUUUUCCUGGUGAUGGAGCUUCUCACACCAAAGUCCAUUUCCGAUAUGUUGUCUUCCACCCUUUUCUUGAUGAGAUCCUAAUGGGAAAAAUUAAAGGCUGUAGCCCUGAAGGAGUUCAUGUAUCUCUUGGCUUCUUUGAUGAUAUCAUUAUACCUCCUGAGUCCUUGCAGCAGCCUGCUAAAUUUGAUGAGGCAGAACAAGUUUGGGUAUGGGAGUAUGAAACGGAGGAAGGAGCUCAUGACCUGUACAUGGAUAUAGGUGAAGAUAUCCGGUUCCGUGUCGUUGAUGAAACCUUCAUAGACACCUCUCCAACUGGACCAAGCACUACAGAGUCAUCCACAGCUGCAGAGGAGACACAACGCAAGGAAGCACCAUACACAUUAGUGGGUUCCAUAAGUGAGCCUGGUCUGGGUCUUCUUUCCUGGUGGACUAACAACUGAAGAAAAAGGAGUCUGUUUCAGGGAAAACCUUUUUUUAAAUGCAUCAAAAUGGAAUCGCGGUUUGUGGAUUAUACUAUUUUGAGAAAGUUGCGAAUAUUCUUAUCAAUUGAGAGUGCUCAAGAGACAGUCUUGUGAGGACUCUAUAGAAGAAUUCCUUUUUAUUCACCUGUUUUGUAUGCGAAUUAAGGAAUCUGGCACUUGUAAAUUGUGUAAUAGCAUAAAA